GGGGCCUACGGCCCGGGCCGGCCCCCUGAUUGCUGGAGGGCCGCUGCCAAUCUCUCCGAAUCCCCCAGUCAGCCGGUGCCCUGGUGAGAGCCACUCAGAUGUACUGUGUGUGCCCGGAGAGCAGCCCGAGACUGUGUGGAGACGGUGCAGCAGCCCGCAACCCCAAUAGCCAGGGAGUCCCCGCCGCUUUCAAUGGAGGAGAAGCCCGGCCAGCCCCAGCCGCCGCCGCAGCAGCCGCCGCUGCAGCAGCCGCCCCACCACAGCAGUAGUAGCAGCAGCAGCAGCAGCAGCAGCAGCAGUAGUAGCAGCAGCAGCAGCAGUCCCAGCCAGCACCCCCAGCCGCCGCACCACCACCACCCCCAGCAGCAGCCGCAGGCAGUCCCACCGGCGCCGCACCACCACCACCACCACCAUUAUUACUACUACAACCACAACCACCACCACCACCACCACCAGCACCAGCACCACCAGCAGCCGCACCAGUACCUGCAGCACGGGCCCGACGGCGGCAGCCCCAAGGCCCAGCCCAAGCCGCCCAGGCAUGAGCCCAAGCACGCCCUGCAGCCGUCCCAGGAAGCGCCCAGGAAGAAAGCAGGCUAUGGUGAACUAAAUGGUAAUGCUGGAGAAAGAGAAAUAUCAUUAAAAAGCUUGGGCUCUGAUGAAGCCACCAACCCCAUUUCGAGGGUACUCAAUGGCAACCAGCAAGCUAUAGACACUAACGUAAAUCCGAAGCCGACUGUGAAAACCAGUACCUUUGGGAAAGCAGGAAUUAAAACCAAGAAUUUCAUUCAGAAAAACAGUAUGGACAAAAAGAAUGAGAAAUCUUAUGAAAGCAAGCCUAGAGACAACCAAUCUUUAGACAAGGCCGAUGCAGUAUCUAUUCCAAACGGUGUUGUAACAAAUAAUUCUGGUUACAUCACUAAUGGCUAUGUAGGCAGAGGGGCGGACAAUGAUGGCAGUGGCUCUGAGAGUGGCUAUACCACCCCUAAGAAACGGAAAGCCAGACGCAACAGUGCCAAGGGCUGCGAGAAUCUGAAUCUAGUGCAAGAUAAGAUAAUGCAGCAAGAGUCCAGCACCCCCAGCUUCAAGCAGGGACUUGACAAUUUCAAACCCGAUUAUAGUGAACAAAAAGGAAACAGAGGGGAUGGUUCUAAGCCCAUUUGGAAGUAUGAGGCAGGGUCUGGAGGAGUGGGUCGGGGGAAGCCUGGAAUUGGGGACAUGCAGCGGAAAAACUUGGAUGCAAAGCCUGGCGGAAGCAGCAAAAAGUUUGAUGAUCGGCCCAAGAUGAAGCAUGCGACAGCUGUGGCCUCGAAAGAGGAUUCCUGGACCCUAUUUAAACCUCCCCCGGUUUUCCCAGUGGACAAUAGCAGUGCUAAAAUCGUUCCUAAAAUAAGUUAUGCAAGCAAAGUUAAAGAAAACCUCAACAAAGCAGCUCAGAACCCUUCCGUAUCUCCAUUGUCGCUGUCAUCAUCUUCACCAUCCACUGGGGAAACCCAGGCCCAAACAUCAAGUCGACUGUCCCAAGUCCCCAUGUCUGCUAUGAAAUCUGUUACUUCUGCCAACUUUUCUAAUGGUCCUGUUUUGGCAGGGACUGAUGGAAGUCUGUAUUCUCCAGGGAAUCAGCCACUGCUCACCACUGCUGCUAGUACUGUAACCCCCACCUCUUCUGGGACCGAGGCAAUACUCCAGGACAUGAGUAUAACUUCAGCAGCCGUUGAACAAAUUAAGCCUAGCCUUUUUAUCUACCCUUCAAAUAUGCAAACUGUGCUUUUGGGUGCAGCACAGGUAGAUCUGCCCUCCCAGACAGAUCAGCAAAACCUGGGGGAUAUCUUCCAGAAUCAGUGGGGUUUAUCAUUUAUUAAUGAGCCUAGUGCUGGCCCUGAGACUGUUAUUGGGAAAUCAACAGAUCACAAAGUGAUGGAAGUGACAUUUCAAGGGGAAUAUCCUGCUACUUUGGUUUCACAGGGUGCUGAAAUAAUUCCCUCAGGAACUGAGCAUCCGGUGUUUCCCAAGGCUUAUGAGUUGGAUAAACGGACUAGUCCUCAAGUUCUGGGUAGCAUUAUAAGGCCUGGGACUGCUAGUGAGGGGGUACCCUUAACCUUGGAGCCCAGUCUCACGAGUGACCUGCAAAAAGCAGACAUCAGUAGUCAAGGUGCUCUAGUGUUUCUCUCAAAGGACUACGAGAUAGAAAAUCCUCUGGCCUCUCCUACGAACACUGUGUUAGCCUCCGCCAAAGAACAGGGGUACCAGAGAGGCCUAGAAAGGAAAUCUAGCUGGGGUUCUUUUGACCUGAGGGCUGCUAUUGUAUAUCACACUAAAGAAAUGGAAUCUAUUUGGAAUUUGCAGAAGCAAGAUCCCCAAAGGAUAAUCACUUAUGAUGAAGCCAUGGAUGGUCCAGAUCAAUGAAGGCAGCAGGACAGACAGACAGACAUACAGGCAGGCAGACCAGCUGCCUGUUUGUCACCUUUCUGCAGCAUUAGAGCCGCUCAUGGGGACACAAGGCUUUGAUGCUCCUUCUAGAUCUUCAGUGCAGCAGAGGAACCAUAAGUAGAAUCACAGGAUAAUAUAUACAAAUAUAUAUAUAGUUAUUUAAAAAAAAAAGAGGCAACUGAAAGUAAUUAGACUUCUUAAGGAAUCAGAAAAUUUAUUUCAAGAGACUACACAUGGUUAUUUAAUCUCCGGUACCGAGUAGAUUUUUUUUCUUUUUGUUAGUUUUUGUUUUGUUUUAAAGAGUGAAUGCAAGUGAUUAAUGAAUACAGACUCAAUACACAAGCGUGGUUCCAAAGUUCCUGCUGUCAUCAACUUGGGCAACAAAUGACCCACUGGAGAGGCAAUUCCGCUUUGAAAGGUCUCAGUUUCUUGGUCUGUGACUAGUGAGAUGCUAAUCACAGAGAUCCCAGAAUGAUACAACAUUUUUUCCCACUCCUGUAAAGGUUUUACUUUGAACCUAUGAGAAUGCUGAAUAGAAACGCCUUGAAGUUUGCAGGGUUGCCUUUUCCAGAGAAUGGUUUGCAUGUCUUGCCCGGGGUAAAACAGCCUGUGGGAUGCUGGGAAAAUUGUCAUCUUUGGGGGGGUGGGAAGGGAUGGAAAUCCUACAAUUCUGGAAUAGUAGUUGGUGCACAGUUGACUUGGCUUCAGUGACACAUUGGACUUUUACAACUGAAGCAUUCAUAGGAGUGUCAUUUUAAGACAAGUUGCAGAACAAGCAAUUGGUUUAGUCAUUUAAUAUACAAAAAGAUUGUUCCCACAUUUUUAUCUAAUGUAAGUGGGAACAAAAAUAUACCCUGCUUUUCAAUUGUAGGUGCUCCAGACUUGCUCUGUCUCACUAACACUAAAUGUGCUGGGGGUUUUCCUUGUUUUUCAUCAAAAAUCUUAAGAAAAACAUGUUUUGUGUUCCUUUUCCACAAAUUCCUUACCACUCGAUUAUUUUUUUUCUUAAGUUAUUUAAAGAAAAAGGGAAAAGCCUAUGAGAAUGAAAAUGUUUCCUUGUUUGUUUCUAGCCAGUGAGGAAGAAAUAAACCCUGCCCCUAGAAGGUACCCUUUCUAUUUUUUUGCAAUCUGUGUACUUCUGAGCUAUUUGCUUCUAAUUUUAUCUCUAUUAAAUAUAUUUUAUUACUAGAGCAAAUUUCUUUUUUAAAGGAAUGGAAUGUGAAAAUCUGGGAAGACCUUUAUGGCAGAGAGAGCAUAAGCCCUGGCUCCCUAUCACAACCGUCCUGUGCGCUGCAGCUUGUGUGUGGCACACUAAAACGGUUUUAUUGUUGUUUGUUUUUUUGUUUGUUUUUUGUUUUGCCUAGGGUGGGGGGUGGGGGUGGGAUGCAAAAUCAAGGGUCCAAUAUAAGACCAACCAGUUGUUAGAGACAAAAUAAAUUCUCUGGCCUGUUUCACCAUCACAGGUACCAGACUUUUUAAAAAAGAAAAAAAAAAGGCACCCACACUUAAGAUACAGGUUAAAUAGCUGGGCAUUUUAGCUGGAAAGGUUAUCUUCUAAAAAGAUUAGAUUGGAUCCUAUGGGGCAUUAGGGGAUAAAGUAACUUGUUUUGCAGAACCCCUUUUGUUUGGGUGUGUCCAAUGUUUUGAGAUUGUAGCAUUGAUGGGUUGUCUGGUUUUGUUAAUUAUUUAAGGCUUUUAUUAAGGUAGUUCCUGAAUGAAGCUGUUGGAUUCAACAUAGGAUAGAGAAACUAAAUAUCUUUAAGUCUGCUGGUUUCUGCCCUGCUUAGAUUUUAAAAGUAUAAGCAUGGAUUGCCAACUCCAUUUUAUGUAAACAAGCUUUUUAUACAUAAUAUAUAUAUAUAUAUAUAUAUAAAGAAAAAAUAAUAACUUAUUGUAUCAGUCCAGGUUCAGAAACUUGUGGUUGGCCAGUUCCAGAAUAGUUUCAUUUCACCUGUAAACUGUAUCACCUUUUCAAAUGUUGUAAUUUUCAAAUGUAUAAUAUGUUUACAGACGUGCCCUGCAUCUAGUCUGCCUGUGUCCUAUUUUAAUUCUGUUGAGUCUUCUGCCUGCUUGCCAAAAGCUAGGAUGUUUCAGGCUCUCGGAUAGUUCCGAGCAGAGGCAUCCUUGAGCUUUAAAGCAUUGAACAAACUGGAAAAUGCAGCAUAAUACUGAGGUGGAAGAAGUCUGUGUUUGUGUUUUUUUUUUUUAAUAAAAAUUUUUAAAAGUAAAAAAAAAUCAAAACAUUAUUAUAAGGUUGCUUUUUAAAAAAAAAAGGCUCCAGUUUGUUUUACUGGUUUUAAAGUUCUGCUGUGUGUUCAAUUGCCUUGUGUAAACCACUUGCCGCCUUAGGGCCAGAUUUCAUUUUUUUCCUCUCCCAAGUCUGUUUUGCUCACCUGCAAUUUUCAAGUCUUCUGGCCCAUGAUGCCCCAUCUGCAUCCCCAUCCCCAUCCCCAUCCCCAUCCUCAUCCUCAUCCUCAUCCCCAUCCCCAUCCCCAUCCUCAUCCACAUCCUUCAACAGCUUUUCUGGGGUUAGUGAGGUUCAGAAGUAAAAUGGAAAUUUCCUCUAUACAUAUUUUUGUUUAAGCAACAAAAUCGCCCAACUAGCUUGAAUCUGACCUUCUCUAUGUAGAAGCAAAACUUACUGAGUAUUGAGGAAACACUACUUAGCUUAAGGACUUUCAAAUAAAUUGUCAAAAGAGAAUAAGAAAACUAUUGGCCCCUGUCUUCCUUGCUUUCCUCCCUGGACCCCUCCCCUUUGGGGAGGGGCGAGGAGAGGCCUGCCUCCCUUCUCUGCACAGGUGGUGGAGAGUUGUACUUGUAGAUGUAACAUUUCACUUUUGUUUUCUCCAUUGAAGUUUAGCUGGAUUGUAUGGUUAGAUUUCUGUAGUUUGAAACUUUGGUUUUUCUGGGAACCCUAGUGCCCCAACCACAUUAAGUCAGUAUUUCUGGGCAUUGGGUUAAUGGAUGUUUUUGCCUAGGGACAAGCAGGACGUUGGGCUAAACCUCCUUUAUGCUGGUCUUGUAAAACUUAACUCUCUACUUGUCUGUGGAGUUUCUCCUUAGGUCCUCACACAACUCCUUCCAGAGCACUUAUUAAAAAGAAAUCUUAAGAGUUAAUCUGUUUUCUGAUUAUUUUGUGUAAACUUUUUUAAAGAAAUCAGCUGUGAUUGAUUUAGCACAUUUAAAUAAUGAUAAUGUGUUACUAUUGGGUAUAUAAUGAAUUUUCCUUCUACUCAGAGUAUUAGUACUGUAGCAUAAAACCAAAUACAGUCUGAGGGAUUACAGUAUCCCUAUAUUCUAAAGACUGAAAAGAGUGUUUGUGUGUGUAUGUGUGUCCGCAUGUAAGGAGAAGGAGGGAAAUGACAUUGAAGACUUGGAAGUAAACGAAUGUGUGGAAAACAUUAGUAUUCAGAGAACAAACUUGUAUUUAUUUCGUGCCAUUUGUUUUCAUUAUACAGAGUAAAGUCAGGUGGUUUUAAUCUUUUUUAAAAAAAGGUAGUAUUUGAAAUAUGGCACUAAGAAUGAGCUCAUGACCUAUUUUUUUAAUAGCUAUGAAGAUUCUAAUUAAGGGUGAAAAUUCUUUAAAAAUCUGUCUUGAUUGUAGGCUCCUCUGUAAGUGUCUUCAGUAAAUUCUGCCCUCCCUCCCCCUUAUUCCCACCCAUCCAUCCCCCCUUAAAGGACAGGGUGUGUUUAUCUGUGUCUGUUUCCUCCCCCAGCCCUGCAGCAGUUAAUCACACAGAGCCUCACUUCCCAAAGCCUUUCCUAGUGGCAAGUUUCACAUAAGGGAUAUUGGUACGUUGGGUCAUCUUAGUUCUUUGUUUCCUGGGAAGGAAUGCCCAACUGACUUGUGGAGAUUCGAUCUUUCUGUAAGAUAGAUGGCCUAAAAGCUAUUAUCUCCUUUCUGUUUGUAGAGCUUAGCUAGUCACUACUCAAUAAGAAUCUUCAAAAACUUUGUCUUUUUAUAAAAGCUGCCAUUUAAAAAACAACCUUGCAUGGAGUGACAGACACAACCAACCUCAAUGAAGUUCCAGGGGGAAGCAUGCCCACAGACAGCCAAGAUAGGCUCGUGGUUCCACUGUAGUAGUUGUUACUAACCCACAUGAAAUUCUUCAGUAGCUUCUCUCAUUUUAAUUGCUGUGAACUUUAAAAAAAAAUACAGAAAAGGCAUUUGGUGUGAAUUAACGUAUCGCGCACUGAAUGGCCCCACUUGGACAGAAGACUGGCUGAAUUAGGCACAGCUAAAUGUGAGGGUGGGGGUGGUCUGUUCUUUAGGUCUCCCCACCCCACGACUCCUUCCAAGAGGAGAGCUGGCUCCUACAGGGAUUCUGGCUUGACCACGUGUUCAUUUCCUCAGAUGACACAUGUGUACCUUCACUGUAAACUGCUGAAGAUAGCAGCAGAAGCCUUUAUUUACCAUGUGCUUGACAGGAUGAUGUAUGUGGCCAAUCUUUUUUCAGGGGACAGGGGUUAUCUUAUCAGGUCAGGCUGAGGAUGCCUCUCAAGGAGGGACAAAGUCUGCUAGUGCUAGUUCUUUAAGCUCAUCCUUAUAACUUUUCCAUGGAAUUUGGGAAGGAUGCUUUACACCUUGGUUUUCUAGAAGCUUUUUAAAAGGGAAUAGUAGGGAGCAAGACUAGAAGCAUGAAACAACUUCCAUUAAGAGUUUGCACAAUGAGUGUCCUCAUCCUUGACACCAGGAUUAUUAAACAGUGAAGCACCAGGAUUGUUGGUGGGUGUGGGAAGCCAUGCACAUAAGUGAGAGCCAUGAACCUGUACUGAAGAGAAAGCGAAAAAACAAACCAAGUGACUACUCGUGCACUGCAUUAACCGAGCUUUGUAAUUGCCCUUUGCAGUUUAGUCACCGUGACGCAGGUGGCUUGUUGGUAGUUCACAAGCUGAAUUCCUGAGGCAGGUAGUAUAGAUAGGGUUGGUGGGGUGUAUGGACAUGCAUCCUUGCAAACUGCUGGUGAAUCUUGUAGUGGAGCAGCUCCUGCAUUCCUAGGAGCAUAUGGCUAAUCCUUGGGGAACAUGGAUCCCCGAGGGUUCUGGGAUUGGAAGAUCUCUUUCCUCUUUUACACUUCAUCCUAAAUCUUUGUUUUUGUUCAGAGUUCUAAAGCCAUUUUGUAACAUCCUAGUAUCCCUUUUCUACAGCCUUAUUAACAACAAUCGAAACUUUUAAAAAGUUAUGUCCCAUUUGCAUCUCUUUGGUAUGAAAAUUGUACAGGGCAAACAUUACCAACUGUAAACUAAUGUAAAACUUACAGUUUGCCGCUGAAACUGUUGGCUUUCCAUUACAGUCUUUCCUCAGGUGCUAAAUAAAUAAGGGUUCCAAAAGUGGAUACUGUACUGCUUUUAGGAAUUUCUGCUUUAUUCUUGAGUUUUUGUUUUGGCUAGGUAUUGUAAAGAUUAAGUAUUUUAACAAGUGGUUUGUUUUAAUAUGUAAAUAUGAAUUAUGCCUCUUUAAUUUGACCCUCGUUGUUAAAAAUCUAAGUUUGUUGUUUAUUCUUUAUCAAGGAACCUCUUUUGACCUUGAAGACAUUUCAUUGUGUUGCUGCAUUUAAGAAUGAAAUUAAAACUGUGUUCAUGUUGUCUUGGGUUAAUGCUACUACUGCUGCUAUGAAUAACUGAAAAUCAAGAAUGUGAUGCACUUUUUACAUGAACAAUAUACCAUGAUUCUUCGUAGGUUGCUCUGGUCCCUUAUCUUCAGCACAGCCACUAACUCUUUAAGAGUGAAUAGGAGAAUUUUGGAGAGGAGAGGAGAGGGGGAGAAUAUCAGUGGAGGUAGCUUUCCAUGAUACCUAUGAAGGACAAUAACGUACGAGCCCAUUACUAUAAAGCUUUUUGGCCUUAAAAAAAAAAAGUUCCCUUUUCCACUGUCAAAAAUUAAUCCCCUCAAUAUGUAGCCUUCCUCUUGUGUCAGGAAGUAGGGACAGAAGGGGGGAAAUGAAUUCUUAAGGUCAAAGGAAAUACGACUUUCUGGAAAAAACCCUUUUAACCUGGGUAAAACUUUUCUUUAUGUGAAUAUAUAGAUGGGAAAAUCGGUAGUUUUAAGUGCUAUCAUCAGUCUCAGAGUCUUAAUAGCCUUGUAUGUGUGAGUUCUCUAUUUUAAAGAAAUUUUAUUUUUUUGGUUUUUGAUAUUCAGAUGACCAGGUGAACCAGGUGAAUUGUCUGUGGUAGUCUUGGGAAUGGGGAGUACACAGGUGCUCUCCUGCAAAGACAGUUCCCCCAGUACUGCAUCAUUCCAUAGUCAGUUUGCAAAGAAGGUAGUGAGUGAGCACAUGUGGAUUCUUUUAGAGUAAAUGGAGAUUCAUCCCUAUCAAGAAAACCUUGGCCUGUAAAGGGGCACCAGUAAUGCAUGCUUCAGAGCUCUCUUAUUUAGAGUCUAGACUGACUUUCCACUAUAUCUGUUGACUUGGACCAAAGAUAAGCCCAGGUAUAAACAGAUAAAGUGGUACUUGGCAAGAAGAAAGGGAAGUUUUUAAGCAUAUAAAGGAUCUUAAAGGAAAUUGUUAAAGAAUACAGGGAAGAAAACACCAAAUAGGGUAAGAAAUCAUUUCCUUUAUCCCUAAAGUGAGGAUAUGAGAAAUGUGUAGCCUAGCCUUAUCUAGUCAGAUUUUUUGAGAACAAAACAAAUUUUGCCCAUGGUAUGUAAAUACGACAGAGACAAAAUCUGCCUGCUUAUUCAGUACGUUUUCUUUAGCCAGAGUUUUAUAUUUUUAUAUCAAUGUGCCUUGCAUGUGUAUUUUUUAAAAAAAGAAUUAGAUCUUUUAGUAGUUUCUGAGGUCCACGUUCUUGCCAUUUCAUGCUGAAUGAUGAGCUCACUCUUUGGUCUCUGUGGUUAUCAGUCCUGUCACAAACUGGAACUGCUUUAGAACUGGGGCAAUUUAUAUUUUACUCUUAAAUGUGUUAGUGGCUGUUCUGUAGGUUGUGAGGAGAGUCACGAGAGUCCUCUCUUCUGGUCCUUCCCCAUCCCUGCUGGCUAUAGCACCUUCCUUGAGUCAUGUGAUGGCAUUUCUUGUGGUCCAUUUCGCUGUUCUCCCUGACCCUUUAAUCAAAGGGGUUCUAAAAGGCUUUGUUUACAAAACCCUGGGAGGAAUGGAGCCAGCUUUGCUCUGGAAUUCUGUGGAAGCUGCUAGAGCGGUAUCGGCUCUUUCCAAUUUAAAAGGUUUUUUUUUUUUAAUUAAAAUACAGCACCUUGCUUAUUAUUAAAUAAAAAAAUAAAGAAAAAUGCUUGUCUGCAACCAUUGUCUGGAAAUAAUGAACUGUGCAAUUCUCAUUUGUUCCAUUUCCCAUUCCGCCUCCAGACUCGCUGUCCCUAGUGUCACUUGGUAGCCUCUGUACUUGUGCCAGUCUGAAUGUGAAUGCUUUGCUUGCAUUACUUCUUAGAAACGCAUUUUGCACACCUGGGUUUUGCUGAAGCUCCGUGAAAGGUUAGUUCUGAGCAGCCGAAUAAAGCUAUGCACACGUUUUCAAA